CGGUGCUGAAAUCACGGCGCUCAAGCACGAUGUAAGUGCGAUGAAAGACACCAGCGGAGAUUUACAUCAUGGACGAUGAUCUGUUCCAGCUCAGACAGCUGCCAGUGGUGAAGUUUCGGCGUACAGGCGAUAGCACGUAUUCAGAAUAUGAGUGUGGAACGAGGGAUCAGAUGGUGCAGGUCGAAGGCGGAAACAUUGAUGCAGGGUCCGUGGCUCUGUCUGACGGACCUCCAGUACCACAAGAGUUUGCUAACCCCACUGAUGAUACCUUCAUGGUCGAAGAUGCUGUGGAAGCCAUCGGCUUUGGUCAAUUUCAGUGGAAGCUUUCUAUCCUCACAGGACUUUCCUGGAUGGCAGAUGCCAUGGAGAUGAUGAUCCUCAGUAUCUUGGCCCCUCAGCUGCACUGUGAGUGGAGACUCCCCAACUGGGAGGUGGCACUGCUCACUUCGGUGGUGUUUAUUGGCAUGAUGAUCAGCUCUUCAUUAUGGGGGAACAUAUCUGAUAAAUACGGGCGGAAAACAGGUCUGAAGAUGAGUGUUCUGUGGACUUUGUUCUAUGGCAUCCUCAGUGCAUUUGCCCCUAUUUACAGCUGGAUUUUGUUCCUCCGAGCUCUGGUUGGUUUCGGUAUUGGAGGAGCUCCUCAGUCAGUGACACUGUAUGCUGAGUUUCUGCCCAUGCGCUCCAGAGCUACAUGCAUUCUGCUCAUUGAGGUGUUCUGGGCCCUGGGCACGGUGUUUGAGGUGCUGUUGGCAAUCCUGGUCAUGCCGACGUUGGGAUGGCGUUGGCUACUCGCUCUGUCCACAAUCCCACUCUUGAUCUUUGCCAUCCUCUGCUUUUGGCUUCCUGAAAGUGCCCGCUAUGACGUUCUGUCCGGAAACCAAGAGAAAGCUCUAAACACACUCAAACGCAUCGCUACAGAGAACAAAGUCCCCAUGCCACUGGGCAAACUCAUCGUGGCACGCCAGGAGGACAGAGGGAAGCUUAAGGAUCUAUUCUUGCCUCAUUUCCGCUGGACUACAGUUCUCCUCUGGUUCAUAUGGUUCUCUAAUGCGUUCUCCUACUAUGGCCUUGUACUACUGACUACAGAGCUUUUCCAGGAGGGCGGCGCCUGUGGACAGACUAAUGGCAGUAAAACUGAGCCGAGGUGUAAUCUGGAGUGCAAGUACCUGAACUCGGAUGAUUACAAAGACCUGUUAUGGACGACGCUUUCAGAAUUCCCAGGUCUUCUGGUGACGCUGUGGGCGAUCGAUCGGCUGGGGAGGAGGAAGACCAUGGCGUUGUGUUUCCUUGUCUUUUCACUCUGCAUCGUGCCGCUGUAUGCCUGUGUGGGCAGAACAUCUUUAACAGUGCUAAUAUUUAUUGCGAGGGCGUUUAUUGCCGGAGGUUUCCAGGCAGCUUAUGUUUACACACCUGAGGUGUAUCCGACAGCUACGCGGGCUUUAGGUCUGGGCACGAGCAGUGGCAUGGCCCGUGUUGGAGCUCUUAUCACACCCUUCGUGGCUCAGGUGAUGCUGGAGUGGUCAGUGUAUCUGACUCUGUCGGUAUACUGUUGCUGUUGCCUGUUGGCCGCCGUGGCAUCGUGUGCUUUACCCAUAGAGACGACGGGCCGAGGCCUCCAGGAGUCCAGCCACAGAGAGUGGGGCCAGGAGAUGAAGGGCCGAGAUGCUAUCCCUCGUUCUAACUCCUCAUCCACCUCCCAGUAAUAAGAGAGAGCGGGUAGGACAUUAUAGGGAGAGAAAAGUGAGAUGAUAAUGAAGGGGAAAAUAAGGACAGAUGAAUAAAAUGGAGGGAUAGACCGGGGUCGGUAAAAAAAUUGAGAGAAAGAACUGGUGAUGGGAAAAGAAAGUUAGAAAAAAAAGAAAUGGGGCAGAAAGAGACUGCCGGGGAAAGGGGGAGAGGGAGAAAGAGAAGUUUAUUUGUAUAAUGUAUGAAGCCUGAAUUAUGAAUCACAUGAUUCAUAUAGUCAUGAGACUACUUGAUUCAGCGAGUCAGUGAUUCAGUUGGACAGAUACUUGUUGGACUUGCAAAGAGGACAGUCUGCAUUCUCAUAUCUACCGGACCAGUGUAUCCCAGCUGCCGAAAGCAGACACAUCAAGAGUUGCUUGAUGACUGUAAUCACACUAAUCCACCUGUGUUCAUUAUCAUCUCCAAUAAAAGCUUGAUAAUGUUCACCGUGGAUGAUGAUCACCAUUCAGUGGAUACUUCACACAGAUAUUAAACAUUCAGGAAAUGGUGGCCAGUCAAGGAGCCUAUUAGCAUGAUACAGAUGAGGUUGUGCUCACACAUCUUUGCUACUUUGCUUUUGUUGAUGACCUUAUUAGCCGUUUUAUUCAACUAAGAAUUAAAGCAACAAUGAAAUAUCUACAAUAUUGUACUUAACCCAGAUGUUUGCUGUUAGCUAAGACAUGUUUGGUGUCUGGAGAUUGCUUCUUUAGUUUUGCACUUGAG